AUGGAAGCAACAAGUGCAAUAUUUGGAUGCAUAAUUCUAUUGAUAAUGCUUGUUUGGGCAUGGAAAAUGCUACAUUGGUUAUGGUUGAGGCCAAAGAAGUUAGAAAAGUUGUUAAGGGAACAAGGCCUUAAAGGGAAUCCAUAUAGGCUUUUAGUUGGGGAUAUGAAGGAGUUUUUUAAAUCGGAAAUGAAAGCUAGAUCCAAACCCAUGAAUCUUUCUGAUGAUAUAGUGUCUCGUGUUUUUCCCUACGGUCAACAAACUGUUACAAAACAUGGAAAGAAUUCAUUUAUUUGGUUUGGACCAACACCAAGGGUGAUCCUAACAGAUCCUGAGUUGGUUAAAGAUGUUUUCAACAAGAUGUAUGAUUUUCAAAAACCUAAUUCAAAUCCACUUAUUAGGUUACUCGCUACUGGUCUUAUAACCCAUGAGGAAGAAAAGUGGCGCAUGCAUAGAAAGAUAAUCAAUCCUGCAUUCCAUUUGGAAAAAUUGAAGAUGAUGUUGCCAGUAAUCUUCGAAAGUUGUAAUGAUAUGAUUAACAAGUGGGAAAGAAUGUUAUCGUCAGAUGGAUCAUGUGAAAUUGACGUAUGGCCUUCCAUUCAAAAUUUGGCCAGUGAUGUUAUUGCUCGAACAGCAUUUGGAAGUAGUUAUGAAGAAGGAAUAAGAAUAUUUCAACUUCAAAAGGAACAAGCUGAAAUUACAAUGGAAAUUUUGAUGAAAGUUUACAUCCCUGGAUGGAGGUUUCUACCUACUACUACAAAUAGAAGAUUGAAGGAAAUCGACAGAGUUAUAAUAGCUUCUUUGACUAAAAUAAUUAACAAGAGAGAGAAUGCAAUAAAGGCCGGUGAAACUCCUAAGAAUGACUUAUUAGGUAUUCUUCUGGAGUCAAAUCAUAAAGAAAUUAAAGAAAACAACAACAAUAAGAAUGUUGGGAUGAAUAUUGAUGAUGUAAUCAAGGAAUGCAAACUAUUUUACCUUGCCGGAGAAGAAACCACUUCAGUUUUACUUGUUUGGACAAUGAUAUUAUUGAGUAGGCACCCUAAUUGGCAAGCACGUGCAAGGGAGGAAGUGCUACAAGUUUUUGGCAACAAAAAACCAGAUUUUGAUGGACUAAGUCAUCUUAAGAUUAUUACCAUGAUUUUGUAUGAGGUUCUAAGGUUAUACCCACCACUAAUUGUGCUUCCUCGGGCUGUUCAAAAAAAUGUAAGAGUUGGAAACCUAACAUUACCUGCUGGAGUUCAAAUUGGUUUACCAAUAGUUUGGCUUCACCAUGAAUGCGAACUAUGGGGUGAUGAUGCUAAGGUGUUCAAUCCUGAAAGAUUUUCAGAAGGAAUUUUAAAAGCAACAAAUGGCAAAAUUUCAUUUUUUCCAUUUGGUUGGGGUCCUAGAAUUUGCAUUGGACAAAACUUUUCUCUAUUGGAAGCAAAGAUGGCAAUAGCAUUAAUUUUACAACAUUUCUCAUUUGAACUUUCUCCAACCUAUGCUCAUGCUCCAGCCAUGAUAAUUACUCUUCAACCACAGCAUGGGGCUCAUAUCAUUCUACGUAAACUUGAAAUGUAA